CAUGAGGUCACAGUGUUUGGGAAACAUGCACUGCUUAUCUGGGUCGCCGCGCUGCGCGCUGGGCCGCUGCGCCUUGGCAUCUCGCACACGGGCCGCGUUCGGAAGCGCCACCAAACGCCCCCCACUGCAGUGCACUGCCCAUGGCACUGCCCAUGGCACUGAUCGCACGAGCGCCUCGGAGACUCGGAGACGGCCGCGGGUGGCGCCUUCGCUUUUGGACGCACCCCAGUGAUGGGUGCGCGGCGAACGCACGCUCUUGGUGUCGCACGGUGGACCUGCAGGGGCCAGUCGAACCCACCCGGGAUGUCCUUUGUUCGUCCUUGCGGCACCAGUCGAAAAACGAUACCUGCGCGGCAGAGACGGGUCGCAGCCUCCUCGACGUCCUGCUCGUGGUGCUGUGCGUCGCCCUCCUGCUGGCCGUCGGCGUCAUGCUGCGCCCGCACCCCCAGACCCACGCGCUGCCGGACGCUGCCGACCUGGACGUGCCCGUCAUCCCGGACGACCCGGACGCGCCGCGGCAGCGCCUCAUGUCGCUGGGCAUCGCGCUGCUGCUCGUCAGCCUGGGCGUCUGCCUCUACACCAUGUACCGCCUGGGCUUCUGCUGCAUGCGGAGGGAGUACAACCGCGCCAGACUGAGGAGUGGCAUCCCCUCCGUCAACAGCAGGCUGCACCUCAUCUCGGCCACGGACCUGCCGCCCACGUACGACGCCAUCAUGCUGUCGCGGGGCUCGGUGCACUCUGUGGACCUGCAGCCGCCGUCCUACUUCACCAUCGUCAUCCAGCAGGACGACACGGCCUGCAGCAGGUCAAGCAGGCCCGGCUGCGCUGGCUGCGCCGCCCCCAGGACGCACUGUUGCGAGGCGGCGGCAUCGGAGGCGGGGUGCGCGAGCCGCCCCCAGGAGGCAGGAUGAGAGUGCGCGCGCGACUGCCCUUCGGCCACUGCCCCGCCACGCCUUCUAGACUGACCCUAGAUGCCACACGACGCGCCCGGCGUCUCUCCAGCGAUUUGGCGUUCUGCCCCGUCUCUCUGUAGCCACUUCAGCUCAGCAGCAGGCGUGACUAUAUGUGCAUCGUGUUGAGUGAGAUCAGUGCUGUGAACGCUAUGUCCAGCCAACUGUGAUGAACACAGUUGGCACUCCCGAACGCUAAGAAAAAGCAGUCAUGGCUGAUGGUUCGUAGGCCACAGUGCCAUGGACCCCUUCCCAGUCCAAACUUUUGUAUCUUUAAGAUAUUUUUUCUCAAAUAUGUAAAUGAUAGGUCUGGGUAAAUCAUAACUGUAUUAUAAGCGUCUUAAUGCAGACAAGUUUUAAUUCUUUAAAUAAAUUGACAAAGUACA